AUGGGACUGGAACUCGAGCGGCGUUUCCGGUGGACGGAGCUGCUCUGCGGUAGGAGGGGCUUUGUUUUCAUCCCGCGUCGCCCUGUCAUGGACCCGGAGGACGGCCGAGAAGCGGAGCGGCGCCCGUGGGAGCGCUUGUCGUCGUGGCUCGAGUGCGUGUGCGUGGUCACCUUUGACCUGGAGCUCGGACAAGCCAUCGAGCUGCUUUACCCGCCUGACGUCAAGUUGACCGAGAAGGAGAAAAGCAGCCUGUGCUACUUAUCCUUCCCGGACUCUUACUCAGGAUGCGUCGGAGACACUCGGUUCAGCUUCAGAAUGCGGCAGUCCGUCGGCCGCCGCCGGCGUCCGGCGGACGACCUUUACGACAGAGACGCCCCCGCCGCCCUGCAGAUGGAAGCCUCGCAUUUCUACGGCUACGUUUACUUCCGCCAAGUCAAGGACGCGUCGGUCAAGCGAGGAUACUUUCAAAAGUCUCUGGUGGUGCUGUCUCGGCUGCCGUUCGUGCGGCUCUUUCACGCCGCGCUCGGCGCCGUCGCGCCGGACUUCUUCUCGGCGGCCGAGCCCUGCCUACGAACAGCUUGCGAGCAGAUGGACCGAUGGCCUUUCCCGGCCCCCGGGCUGAGCGCCGACCUCCCGCUGAUGGGCGCCGUCCUGCGGGUGCGAAUUCCCAGCCGGAAGGACAAAGCGGGAAGUCCGCCGACAGCCGCCGCGGAGGAGGAGAACGCGCCGGUUCCGCCGCCGAGGCCGACCGCGCUCCCUUCCGUCCACGAGCCCGACCUCUUCAGGUGUUUCCGGUCGCUCCUGAUCCACACGCAGAUGUUGUGGGAACUGGCUUUGCUGGGCGAACCGUUGGCGGUGGUGGCGCCGUCUCCCGCCGUCUCCUCGGAAACCGUCUUGGCGCUCGUCAGCUGCAUCGCGCCCCUCAAGUUCUGCUGCGACUUCCGGCCGUACUUCACCGUCCACGACGGCGAGUUCCGGGAAUACACCGCCAAGACGCGGGCGCCGCCCAACGUCAUUCUGGGGGUGACCAACCCCUUCUUCGUCAAGACCUUCCACAACUGGCCGCACGUCCUGCGCCUGGGAGAGAGCGCCGAGGCGUUAGAGGACGUCCCCAAGCAGCUCAAGAUCAAGAAAAUGGCCAAACUCAAGACGCUGGACGCCAAACCGGGAGUCUUCACGGCCUACAAGAGCUUCCUGCUCAAGGACAAGGUCCUCAUCAAACGCGUGCUGAAGGGGAUCCAGAGGCGCAGGCCGUCUGAGGUGCAGAGCGCCAUUUUGAGGCGCCACUUUUUAGAGCUGACGCAGAGCUUCAUUAUUCCGCUGGAACGUUACAUGGCGAGCCUGAUGCCGCUGCAGAGGUCCGUAACGCCCUGGAAGACGCCCCCGCAGAUCCGUCCGUUCAGUCAGGACGACUUCUUGUCCACCCUGGAGCGCGGCGGCCCCCGGCUGACCUCGGCGCUGCGGGGCGAUUGGACGGGGCUGUACAGGAAGUUUUUCAAAUCGCCGAACUUCGACGGCUGGUACCGCCGCCGUCUCGGAGAGAUGACGCGCAAACUGGAGAGUCUCCACCUGGAGGCGGUCUGCUUGGCAGACGUUCCGGGAUGGACACGGGACAAGUCGGAGGUGGAGAUCGUCGACUUGGUGGUGAAGCUUCGAGAGAAACUGAGCAAAGCGAGGAGGCGCCGGCUGCAGGUGAGAGAGGACCUUCUCACCAAGCUGCAAUCCUUAAUCGAGAGCAUCGCCGGCACGCUGCCCAAAGACCUACAAGAUGUCCUCCGCGCACAAUGA